AAUGCCCAUCACUGGUUCAUCUGGGGUGACAAGACCUUCAUUUCCUCAUCACGUGAUCUGGAAUCGCAAGCAGAAAAACAGACAUUGCUCGAGACAGAAAACUCCACAUAUCUCCAAAGACAUGACGAUCACAGACGUCUCCCGCUGUACGAUGGAAGUUAUAGAAGUUGAGGAAUUCUUGCGGAACCCUCCGCCCGGUUUCACGGUAGAAGCUGGCUACCGAUUCGUGAAAAGCGAUCCUGAAAACUGCUGCGUGUUCAUCGAUGACUUCGAGUUAUCCAGAGGAGGGAAAGUCGUCUUCCAGCACUCGCAGGGAAAGAAAAUCACAGUGCGCAAUUUGGGAGAUUACACUCGCUUCAGGAAGAGCCUAACCUCAAAAAAGAUAUAUAUACUGGUGUCUGCAUGUGAAAGUAAACCUUCAUCGACAGAUAGGAAAACUCCCCAAAACAUAAAAGUGCUCCAGCAGUAUGUGGUGUCCAUUGAUGGCCGUAACCCUCUGAUCAAGUGGGAGAUUGAGAGAGGCCUGGACAAGACUAUCUCCUCUGUGGCUGGGGAGAGCUACAGGGUCGACAUUGACCUGUGUGAUGCGUUGCGUGGCUGGGCAGGGGAGAGUUUCUGUCUCCUAGGCAACAGAGAGAAGGUCACCCCCGUGUGGAAGGAUACCUGCUUCACCCUGAAAUAUUACUCUGAUGCCCUCUUCGACUUCCCACACUGGCUCGGCUUCAGCAAACGCCAUUUCAAGAUCUCCUACCAUGGAAGAUGAGAAGAAGCAAGAAUCAAUAAUAACUAUUUGAUGGGCAAGAAGACUGGACAUAGGCCAAAGAUUAUCUAUUAUAUUGACAAGGUAGUCGAGUGACCGCUCUAACAAUAGAAAUGCAUGUCCUAAAUGCUUUAAGGCAAUUGAGGUCAGGUGGGACGAUACUAGCCAAUGAGAGGGCAGAUAUGCGUGUGAACAACCAAGUCAUUUUUCACAAAGCUGCCGGAAUGCCACCUGCAUCCACUUAUAUCAGUACAUUUGAAACAGUCUAAAAAUUACAAAACUUCUAUUGAAAUCAAAUUAGCCCCAUGUAAUUCGACACUCUCUCAUAGACCUCCAUACAGAAAAAAGGUCUUAUCUCACACGGACAUAUUUAGGGCGGAGUAAAUCCUCUCUCUUCGCCUCUUCCCGAGGCCCAUGUUUCAGUGGACAACGACACCUGUCAGUUGAAGUGAGAAGCUGGGAUACCUGCUAUGCAGGAUUCAACCACRGGGGGGAGCUGUUUAUCAGUAGACUGGAUCAUCUCGUUUAGUGUAAGACAUGGAUGGUCAGUUCAAUGUUGCUGCUUUGGUUUGAGAAUUUAACCCUCUGCUGCACUGUUAUGUUAAUGGAAAGAUGGAGUAAGCCAGUCGGCACGAAACUAUUGAAAGAAUAGCGCAAAAGACUUUACAAUACGUUGUUUUAUCAAGUUCAUAUAUACAGUGCCUUACAGAAAGUAUCUCACUCCCCUUGACUUUUUCCACAUUUUGUUGUGUUACAGCCUGAA